GCGUCGGCGGGCGAAAGGUGGGCUUUCCUUGUCAGCCACUCUCCUGUGGCCUCGUCGCCGGUCACCUCAUUUCGCACCACGAAUUCACUUUUGCCCACCCAACCCAUCAAAGCAGCCGACGCCAAUAUCUCAUUCCCUUGUCCGGCGAGGCCACCAUGCCUGGGAUUCCCGCUGCUGCUGCUGCCACCCUCUCCACCCCCGCCGAUCUGUUCUCUUUCGACGAUGAUGACGGCUUUGGCGACUUCAUAUUCGCCUCCUCCGACCAACCUCUCCCACCCCAUCGGCAGCAGGACGAUGACGACUGGGGCGAAUUUGUCGUCAGCCCGCUCGGAUCCCAGCGUUUCGAAUCCCCAGCUACGCCGCCCCCCUUCGAUGCCUUCCCUUCCCAUUCCGCCGCCGUCGUCGUCGACGAGAUCGUGGGUGUCAAGGAAUGGGAGAAACCCAGAGGGGCGCUGCCGCUGUCGAUUUUCGGGGAGGAGGAGGAGGAGGUGAACGUACCGCAGCCCCUCCAGCCGCUGGACCUCUGCUCUCCUUCUUUGUCUUCUUCGAGUCCGGCCACAGAUCACAAGGGACCGGUUGCGGGCGGAGAGCUGAGGGAUCUGAUCACCAGUCUCUAUGGCCAUGCCCCCCAACCGGUUGGCGUUGACAGGAUCGGCUCUCGUUUGGCUGAGGGAAAGGCGGACGAUACCGGCGAGAGCUCUUGGGAAUACAAGGACGCCUCUUCCUCGUCGCCCAAUUCGGUGCUCAAGUUGAUGAUGGAAGACGGUAUACGAGAGGAGAAAUCUGGGCCUCGUGGCGUUGCAGCUGUGGGUGAAGUCGAGGUUCUUCGAAUUGGGUCACAAGGUCAUCAAGAGGCAAAUGGUUGGAUCAGUGUUGGUAGUGAUGGACAAGAUGUUAGUAAUGGUGGUACAGAUGGAGCAGGCUUUCUUUCUGAUGCUAGUUUUCCUAUGGUUGUUCAUGAUAGAAUAAGAAAUGCCCAAAACACAGAUGACUGGUUUUCCGGCCCAGAGAAUGGCGAGAAAAGAGGUGAAGAGGAGUUUUGGAAGUUUGGUGAUACUGUUAUGGAGAACAAAGUCGUAUCAACUUUGGGACAAAAGAGCCAUGAAGAACCAAUGAUUCAAGAUGCUGAGACAAAGAUGCUGGGUCCCAGCACUGAAACUGAGGCUACCAGAAGCGUGUUGAAAAGUAACCUAGUUGACUGGCCUGUUCAUUCUUGCAGCAAUUUUAAAAAAGAAGCUGAUCUAGGACUCAAUGACCUGAAUGGGUAUUUUUGUGAGCCAAUGUUUGUGGGGAGUUCAACUAAAGAUAUAACUUUUACCUCAUCCGAUAGGCUUACUAACAACACACUGGAAAUGUUCAUUGAGGUUGAUCAGGACGAUGCUGUUUGUGCUGCAAAUGAUGCCACAAAGAAGCAUCAAAACUCAGAUAUGGUCAGCUCAGUGCAGAGAGAUUAUCAUCUUGGUAGAACUCAAUGCGAGUUCUUAAAAACUUCAGAAGUAGUGGUCAGGAAUCAGGAUUCUGCAUGUGAAAUAGAUAAAAAUGAUUCAACUAAUUUGACACACAACUCUCUUGUAGCUCUUUAUUGUAGAUUGAAAGAUGGAUCUGCUUCCUUAUUAAAUUGCCAUCUUGAUGAUCUCAAGAAUGCAUAUGAAGUUGCUUCUCUUUCUGGUGAAGAAGUUAAAGAAAAAGAAAUAUAUGAAGAAAUUAAGGUAGCUUAUGAGAAACUAGAAGAAGUUAAGGGUACUGAAAAUGCCAAAAUAGGAGAGCACCUAUCAAAAAAUGUUUGCAUUAGUCAACUGCUUAAAGCUGUAGAAGAGCCAAACUUUCGAGCAUUUGAGCAAGAAUAUCACCUGUCAGAAAGAAUAAUAUCAGCAGGGAAAGAGUUAUGUGCAGCAAUUGAAUUUCUUGAACAUACCAACUCAGUACUUUGUAUUCUGGCAUUAGCAUCAAGAGAGGAACAGCAUGCUUAUAUUCAUGCAUGGUCUGCCAUAAGUGUGGCUUGUGUUCAAGAGUUGCAGCAUGGUGCCAUAAUUUUGCAAGAGUCGGUUCGAGCACAAAAAUUGAUGCAAAUAUUAUUUCAAGAAGUAAAAUAUUUUAUUGCCAUCGGGGAGAUCUAUCGAGUCACAGAAGUCUUGAGAGUCUCUUUGAAACUUUACAAACCUUGGAUACUGUUGAAUCGGGGUGUCUCCAGCCAAUUAUUAACAAACUUAGAUAAGUGUGCUGAAGCAUGGACCGUCUCCGGUCUGGAGAACGCUUUGAAAACCAUUUCUGAUGCCAAUGGUGUAGAAUAUGCCGUUUUGGCCAAACGACUCCUUUCAUCCAUCAAACAUCUUGGUGACCUUGAUCUCUCCCACUAUUCUUUUAAUCAUGACAAAACGAUUUGUAGAAUAUCACUUUUGACCACGGAAGAAUUGCAAGACAUGAAAAUGGUGCUAUGGAGCGGAAACUAUUAUUUUGGCAAGCUUGCAAACCUGUGGGCCAAUCGGAUAUCUCAUGAUCCUCCCAAACUUACAUUUUGAUUAGUUCAAGACACAUCUGGAAUUUGGAAGCAGGAGAUUCUUAAACACGCUCGGGUACCCAGUCAAGACAAUCUCUUUCCUAGAUAAAACUGCAGUGUCGCAGGUGCUAUCUAAUAAAUCCAAGAGCACUCGAGAAAGUCUUCACGUAACAGACGAAGCCGAGUAUUACGUUGCAACAUUAUCGAUCCCAAAUGAGGAAGAAUGAUCUUAGAAACAAUCAUUGGUGUGUCGUUCUCCAUUCUUACGCUCGAUGCUUCUUUUCUUUCCUCUUUCUGAGUUCUAGUCAUUGGAAAUGUAUAUUGUGGUUGCAAGUCUCGGCUAUAUUCAUUCUAUUCUUUUGUUCGAUAUCAAUACACGACCAGGUGCUUAGUAUUUGAUUAUUCUAGAGAUAUGAAAGUUUGAAUCGAAGGCACACAUCAUGUUUGGGA